AUGUACCGCAGUCAGGUCUGGUCGCACAGAGGCGGGCAAACAGGCGUGUCCGACGCAUCCCGUGCGGCGGUGUCCCCGCACGGAGGAGUCGCAUCUGGGUGCGUCGGAAGGCAAGCGCAUCGUUCGGUGCAUCGGCUCGCGCAUGGUGCGCGCGGUGGUCUGAUACAGACGGCACAACGCGGAGUAUAUACUGUAUACUCACCGAGCUUCGGCCAACGCACGAGCGUCGAAGAAGACUCGGGAUGUUGUCCAGCAGGAGCGUGGCGUCUACUGGCGAGCGGCGCCUCCCCUCGUCUCGCACUGGCAGCGGUGUACCGCGACACAGGCAUCCCUCGCACAGACGCGACUCCCCCUUCGCGCCGCAUUCGCGCAGUCCCAGCGCAGUCCCAGCCCCAGUGCCAUCAAUCCGCCGUCCCCAGCGCCCACGCCCAUCUCGGUCUUGCUCUGCCCGAUAAACUGCCAGCGCGUCCUCCAGGAACGCACGCUUGGGGGUACGCGCUGGCACCGCCGAAUCCCAGCAUCCUCCCGAUCUCCGGCCCACCUUGGCGGAAGCGCGCACUCAAGUCUCGUCGGACAUGUCCAGCAUGUCCGACAUGGAGCUCAGACCGCGUCCCCGGCGAGCGUAUUCGUACACGCUCCGGGAGAACGCGUAUAUCGUAUAUCGUAUAUUGUAUAUUGCGGCCUCCGCGGCGGACGUUCCAGCUGGCGAAUGAGAACGAUGCGGACUGGCGUGCUAUAAUUCCCGCCGGGCUUGGGUGCAGGACGACGACUACCCCGCUUUUAUACUGGGGAGGAGGGGGAGGGAGGGACAAUGUACCCGGCCAUCCCCCGCAUGUAGGAUUUGUCUACUGGCGAAAGGAGCGAGAUGCAGCGGAAGGCAAGGGUGUUCAGCUGCGACUUCCCUCUCCAUACUGCACUCGCGUUGCCUCAGUCCAUACGCACUGCCCACAGAUAUCUCAGCCUUGCUCUAAUACCUGGAACGUGUAG